AUGGCCGAUGAAGAAGAAAGACCUGUUUUGUUAAGAGAUCACUAUCUCCCGUCCACCUACAAUUCACCUUCAUGCCUUCAGCUACCUAAUGUCACAGUGGCUAACUAUGAAAUUAAGUCCAGCAUAAUUCAAAUGCUUCCAUCUUUCUAUGGACUUAAUAACGAAGAUCCUUACAAACACAUUGAUGAAUUCUUAGAAAUCUGUUCGACGAUUAAGAUGCACGGUUUCUCUGAAGAUGCGUUGAGGAUGCGUCUUUUCCCGUUUUCUCUGAAGGAAAAAGCCAAGCAUUGGCUAAAGUCCCUUGAACCCAACAUUGUCACGUCAUGGACUCAGAUGCAGCAAGAAUUCUUGAAGAAAUAUUUUCCCAUUGGCAGGACCAAUCAAAUAAGGAAAACCAUCAUCAGUUUUUCACAAUUUAAGGGAGAACAAUUCCAUGAGACAUGGGAAAGACUGAAAGACCUUUUAAGGAAAUGCCCACACCACGCAGUUCCUAAAUGGCAGCUGGUGCAAUGUUUCUAUGAUGGCUUGACUGAGCCACAUAGACAAAUGGUCGAUGGCUCAUGUAGAGGUACUUUCAUGUUGAAAAGCGAAAAUGAAGCAUGGAUUAUGUUUGACAACUUAAGUGAAAACUCUAUGCAUCAUGCUUCUACUAGUCGUAGGACACCUGUUCCCAAAGCCCCAAAGACUGAAAGUCUUUUCGAAGCAAGCAUUCCAUUCGAUGUGACCGCCAAGGUGGAAGCAUUAUCUCAUAAAAUAGACCAGUUAAUGGCAGCCGGUUUUGUCCAUACUUCCUCUUCAAACAUUUUUCCACAGCAUGAUCCAUGUUCAUUCUGCUCUAGCACUACACAUCACGUGAGAGAUUGUCCCAGCAAUGGGCAAUUCUCUGAUAUUUCUACAAAGCAAGUGAAUGCUACUUUCUCUAGAGCGGGGAAUGACCCUUAUUCCAAUUCCUAUAACCCGGGAUGGAGAAAUCACCCUAAUUUCUCAUGGCGAGCUCCUGGUAAUGAAAAUUUUGCUCAACAAUUCAAUGGACCGCACCAUCAAGUUUAUCCCCAGUCCAACAAUCAGUUUUUCCAGCCGCCAUAUGGCUCUUGUCCUCCCCACCAACAAUAG